GUUUCAUCCAUUUUUCCUUUUUUCUCAUACUUUUUUUUUUCAAAUUCGUUAUAUAAUUUUUAUAGUUUAUUUUAUCCCUGACGUUGUGUUAAAACUUGACGGAAUAAUUGAAUCGUAUUCAUUCUACAGUUAAUAUAAUUUAAAGGGAUAAAAUAAUAAUAUUAUGAAGAAGAAAAAAAAGAACGAAUUAAUGUUAUGCGUCGUUAAAAAUACUCGAUUGAAAUGGGACAAUCUCUAUAACGUGUCGCCAUAAUGGACUCUAUCCAAAAGUCUAGCGAGAGAGAAAGAGAGAGAGAGUUCUGCUUUCAGUGGUUAAACCGUUUCUAGUCAGCCGCGGCAGUAGUAGUAAGUCCGAGCGAGUUAUUAGGUCAGACCAUAUUUCAUAUACGCGCCGCGCUUAACUAUCCUUUCGCCUAUGUACGAAUUAAACGUUGCGUGUAACCACUUUAACCACCAUCCCGUUUUGACAUCAGAUGUACUUACGCGAACAAUGUUUCAAUAUGUAAUCGUCUUGUGUGCCCUCGUCUCAAUGACAUUGGCUGCCCCAGGUAUAGAAAAUGAAGUAAUAGAAAUCGUAAAACAAAGGGUAGCCGAACCAGCCCCAGAUGGUAGCUACAGUUUCGAAUACGAGACAGCUAAUGGCAUUCAAGUAUCUGAAGAAGCACAAGUUAGAGCCCAGGGUGACGAGCUUUUGAAAGAGGUCACUGGAACCUUCACUUAUACUUCUCCCGAUGGUACUCCAAUCCGUGUUACUUACACUGCCGAUGCCAACGGAUUCCAUCCUGAGGGUUCACACUUACCAGUUCCACCAGAAAUACCAGUACAUAUCCAGAGGGCUCUUGAAUACAUCGCCACCCAUCCUCAAGCAAAUGUUGAAAAUUGAUAGUUUUGUUUUAACAGAUAUUCCAUCUUCUCGUUCUUCUUCUCCUUCUUGUUCUAUUUCUUCUUCUUCUUCUU